GAGGGGCCUUGAACGCACCUCAGACGGAAGUUCUCCCUCGAUCGUCGCGGAGGAGAAAAACAGAGAAAAGCGGUUCAAAUGUUACUUUUAGUCAAAGCAUUGAACCGAAUGUUUCACUUUGCUGUUUUUGUCCUUCUGGGGACAGGAAUGACGGUUUUAAGCGGUAACUUUUAUUCUAUUUUUGACUUUAAUUCAAAAACGAAAGUAAAACCUUUUUGUGACGCAUAGAAAUUAACAUUUAGUAUACUUGUUCUGAACGCCACUCCCUGACCUACAUCUACACGGCCUUCUCCAAACCUGUGGACCUCCCGGGUUUCCAUGAGUUCACGGCCAUGGGAAUGCUGGACAACAGGAUGAUUGACUACUAUGACAGCAAAGAGCAAAAGAAAGUUCCCAAACAGACGUGGAUGUCAGAGCAUCUUGAACAACACUAUUGGGAUAAAGGUACACGGUCCAGGAAGAGCAAGCAGCAGUGGUUCAAGGUCAACAUCGACAUCUUGAUGAAACGGAUGAGACAGAAUGACACGGAUACCCACGUUCUUCAGUGGAUGGUCGGAUGUGAGGGUGAGAGUCAGCCUGGUGGCAGUUUUCAUUUCAUUCGUGGGACCAACAUGUACAGCUAUGAUGGAGAUGACUUCUUGGCCUUCGACGAUAAAAAUGAAGUUUGGAUAGCUGCAGUUGGUCCAGCUGUAGAAACCGGAAGAAAGUGGAAUAGUAUUCCGGUCCUGACGGAGUACACCAAGGGUUACCUGGAGAAUGAGUGUAUGGCUUGGAUGAUAAAGUAUUGGUCCUAUGGCAGAGAGCAGCUCCAACAAGCCUCUCCACCAGAAGUGCACCUGUUCUCACAAAGAAGCCACGUUGACACUAAAGUCUUCUUGACGUGCCUGUCCACUGGCUUCUAUCCUGAAGACGUCACCCUGCAGAUCAAAAGAAACGGCCGCAUCCUUACUGCAGAAGAUGGACUGGAGACGUCUGGGAUUCGUCCAAACGAGGACGACACCUUCCAGAGGAGAGACCGUGUUGAGAUUUUAGAGACUGAUGUGUCCACUUACACCUGUGAGGUCAUUCAACCUGCCUCCGACGUUCAUGUUGAAAGGACCUGGGAUCACACUCUUCCGGAGGAGACUGUCAGUGAACUCAUCACCUUUCAUUUUGUUUUUGUGAUUACAAAAAGGAUUUCCAACUUUUGGUCAAAGUUUCUGUCUUGGUUUCGCCCUUAACAAAAUGACACUUCUACUUCUUCAUCCUGGCUCUUCUCUGUCCCAUCCCACAAACACUCACAGCACACCCCCACUUCUCCAACGCCUUCUUCUCCUUAAGGAACAGACCUGAGCUGGAACCCAUCAACCAGGAUGUCCAGUCUAGUUCACAGAACCUCAAGGACUCGAAAUAUUAGUCAGAACGAUGCUUUCACCUCCAUAGAUGAAGGACAUCAAGCUGUCAGUCAUGAGAAAGGAGGAUUUGCUUUUUGAUUUGGGAGGAAAAGAUGGACAGAAAAGGAAAGAAGGGAUGGAGGUGUUGGAACAACAUGAGGCGUUUUAAAUGGGAUGAAAGAAGAAACCAAAAUAAAAAUAGAAGUAAGUUCGUAAACCACAAUAAUGGUCUGAUGUUCUAUUUCCAUAGGUAACAAAUUAUGACUAUAGACUUGAAUGCUUUUAAGUUAUCAAAUGAAUUUAUGUGAUCCUUAAAAAAUAAAAGCUGCAUAGUGUUGCCUUUACAAGAAACAAGCAAAGGAAUAAGGCAGAAGGUCUUAGAGGGAAUAAAAUGACACAUAUGACAAGAAACAAUAAAUGGUUAUUGAUGAUUACAAUUUA